GCUGCCCACGUCCCUGCGGGGAGGGUGGGCGUCGUCCGCUGCCCUUAAGUCCACACUCUGAUCCCAGGAAGGCCUGACGGAAGCCACGGGGUGCGGUCAUCCCGUGGGGGCCGGGGGCGGCCUGGGCGUGCCCCUGGCUGCAGCGCGCUGGGUGGACGACGCCCCAGCUUCUGAGGGUGCCGGGGGUUUAGGGAAGAAGGCCCCGAGGAAGGAGCGAGUCCCCGCGUUCGGGAGAAAGCGCAGUGAGAAGGGGGCCGGGAGCGCUGACACCCGGAGGUGGGAGAUGCCGAGUCAAGGGCUCUGGGUGUGCCCCGUGUUGAGGCCCGGACUGGGCAACCAGACGGAUGGACCCCGGCGCCAAACCCACUUCCUGUAGUUCUGCAACCGGGCUCGUUCGCCAACGAGGGUUUCUAAAAUGCCCACCGAGUGCCGAGCACUGUUCUGGGUGCUGCGGAUACAAAAGCUGUGAACAUAGACCAAAGGAAAAAAAAAUGACCGUUUUUCAUGGAGAUUUGCAUUCUACUGGAAGCUUCACAGGAAUGCUGAUCCGAAUCCUUCGUGACAGCAAGCUUAAUCGUGAUUCCCAUGAGCAGUAAGACCUUAGAGGGCAAAAGGGACCUGGAUCCAGGUCCCACAUUGGGAGUGAUGGCUUCAGUCUUUCAGACCGCCACUGAGCUGCACAGCACAUGGAGCGGAGUCCACAGGCCCUGGAUCCAGGAAAAACACACAUGAAAUUAUGUGAGGAGGAGGUUCCAGGACCCAGAGGUCAUCAUUUAUGGAGACACCAUUGACCGGAGACUAAGAUUUCUGUCCAGAAAUUUAGAGCAGUUCAAAAAGGCACUAAAGACAGAGCAUCCUCAUUACUGUCCAUUUCCCCAAACAAGAAAAUGAUAAAGACUCAGGAAUUGCUGACACUGGAGGACGUGGCUGUGGAGUUCACCUGGGAGGAGUGGCAGCUCCUGAGCCCCGCCCAGAAGGCCCUGUACCGGGACGUGAUGCUGGAGAACUACAGCAGCCUGGUGGCUGUGGGAUAUCAAGCCAGCAAGCCAGAUGCACUCUCCAAGUUGGAACGAGGAGAACCGUGGACAGUUGAAGAUGAUAUCCACAGUCACAUCCGCCGAGAAAUCAAGACAGUCAAUGAUCAUCUGUCGGUGCAUUUGAAAAACCAAAGGUGUCUGAAAAGAGUGGAACAAUACCAUGAACUUAGUGAAUUUGGAAAGAGCAUUAAUCAGAGGAAAAGUAGUAUCCCUUUGAGGCAAAAUCAUGUUGUGUUUGACUUGAAUGGAAAAACAGUGAAAUCAAAUUUAAGCUUAGUGAACCAUAACAGGAGCUGUAAAGUAAAAAAUCUUGGGGGGGUAAGUGGAGACAAGAAAUCCUUCCUCCACGCUGAGCAUCAACGAUUUUUUGCUGAAAAGAAACUUCCCAAAUAUGGAAAUUCUGUGAAUACAAAUGCACAAUUCAUUAAGCCUCAGAGAACUCAAAAGAGAGAGAAACCCCAAGUGUGCAACGAAUGUGGAAAGGCCUUCCUCAAGAAGUCUCGCCUCAUUGAUCAUCAGAGAGUUCACUCAGGAGAGAAACCUCAUAGGUGCAGUAUAUGUGGGAAAGCCUUUUCCAGAAAGUCCCGGCUCGCUGAACACCAGAAAACGCAUGUAGGAGACAAGCGGUAUGAAUGUGCUGAAUGUGACAGAGCCUUCCGCUGGAAAUCGCAGUUUAUCGCACAUCAGAAAACGCAUACAGGAGAGAAGCCCUAUGUAUGCAGUGACUGUGGAAAAGGCUUCAUCAAGAAGUCUCGGCUCAUCAACCAUCAGAGGGUUCAUACAGGAGAGAAGCCUCACGGAUGUAGUCUGUGUGAGAAAGCAUUCUCCAGAAAGUCCAGGCUCAUUGAGCAUCAGAGAACUCACACGGGAGAAAAACCCUAUGACUGCACUGAGUGUGACAAAGCAUUCCGCUGGAAAUCGCAGCUCAAUGCACAUCAGAAAACGCAUACAGGAGAAAAGUCGUACAUAUGCAGUGACUGCGGAAAAGCCUUCAUUCAGAAAGGCAAUCUGGUUGUACACCAGCGAACUCACACUGGAGAGAAGCCUUACGUAUGCAGUGACUGUGGGAAAGGCUUCAUUCAGAAGGGCAAUCUCCUUAUACAUCAGCGAACUCAUACUGGAGAGAAACCCUAUGUAUGCAGCGACUGUGGGAAGGGCUUUAGCCAGAAGACAUGCCUAAUAUCACAUCAGAGAUUUCACACAGGAAAGACGCCUUUUGUGUGUCCUGAAUGUGGAAAAUCCUGCUCACACAAGUCAGGUCUCAUUAACCAUCAGAGAAUUCACACGGGAGAAAAACCUUACAAAUGUGGCGACUGUGGGAAAGCUUUCAGAGAUAAGUCAUGCCUCAACAGACACCGCAGAACUCACACAGGAGAGAGACCAUACGGAUGCUCUGAUUGUGGGAAGGCUUUCUCCCAUUUGUCAUGCCUCGUGUAUCAUAAGGGAAUGCUGCAUGCAAGAGAGAAGCGUGUAGGUUCAGUCAAGUUAGAAAAUCCUUCCUCAAAAAGUCACAGCUCAUCACAGACAGAUGAUUUUAUACAGGAGAAAAACUCUGCUAACAUGGGGACUGUGCACAUGCCUUCUGGGGCACCUCAGACUUUAUUAAACAGCAGUGAGUUCCAGGCAGAUAGCAAUGUAGCCAUUGUGGGCCAGCCAGUUGCCAGAUGUUCAGCCUCUGUGAAGGAUAGAAUUUGCACAGAAGAGAAACCUUAUGAAUGCAGUGAAUAUGGUAGUGCUUUCAGUGAUCCAUUACGUCAUACUUUAUGUCACAAAAACUACACAGGAAUAAACUGAAACAUUCAAGGUUGAAAACUCUUGAGUAAAACCUAGCUCAUUAUAUGGCUAAGUGUGUAUAUAUUAAAUGAAAAAAAAUCCUAUAAAUGCACAGAGUUGGAAAAUCUAUUAUGGGAGGAUAGAUCCUAUCAAUGGUCAUAGAUCACAGAUCAUCAGUGAGCUCAUAGUUGAAUGAAAUACAAUAACUGUGGAAAAGUCCUGGCCCAGAAAUAAGACCUCGGUAGGUAUCAGUUUGUAUAGGAGACAAACCACUGGAAGAUCUUUGAAGACAGUGAACGUGACAGGGUUGCCAAUGGUAGAUUCUGUCCCAUGAAUUGUCAGAAGAAAUUAUAUAGAAACAAUAGUGAACCACACUAACUGGAACAUCUUCAAAAUAUCAGGAGCACAUGAAGCAAAUUAAUGCUGUAAAAAGGAAAGAGAUUUUAGCAAUUUCUGUCACAAGUCUAACAUUAUACUUUAAAUAAUACAUGAAGUGCAUUUUAAGGUAAUAUAUCUUGAAUCAAGCUCUUAGUUGAUGUCAGUGAUUCCUUAAUUAAAAGUAAGUAGUCUGUGUUGCACUUUACUGGUUAAAGUUGUAACCCAGUGUAUCCUUUAAAAUCUUUGCCAUGAGUCUUCUCAUUCAGGAUCUUUAUAUAAUUAACUCUUAAAUUUGUUUAUAAUCUUAUUUAAUUAUUUGACUACUGAAGUCCUUCAAAAGAAAAUUAAAAUAUUUCAUUGAAUAAUGUUACAUAGCAUAUUUAGAUAUUUAGCAUAUUUAACUUUAUCACCCCAGGGGAAUGAAGUUCAAAACUCAUAAGUAAUCAAAUAGCCAUACCCCUGCCCUAGAAAGUAGUUUGCAUUCUAACCCUAUGGUUUGUCUUAUUAUUGGCAUACAUACCACUCUGAAAUGUGGUAUGUAUUUCCUAUAUUGUGCUAUUCUAGGAACUGUAGAUAUUUUGACAAUAAGGAUCAAAAUGAAAAGUCCUUAAUGUUAUCAAAGCUGUGUGUGUGUGUGUGUGUGUGUGUGUGUGUAUGUGUAUGUAUAAGUGUAGUCUGGAUUAUAUGUGCACAACAGUUUUAGCCUCCAGCACAGGUAGUCAAAGGAAACACACACACACACAUUAUUUAUCAAUAUUAGUUGAAAAGGGCAUGUGUUCUAAAGAUCAAAGUAUAUCUAAUUUCUCCUUCAAGGAGCAUAUCAUUUGGAGUUGGAGAGGGGAAAGGACUCAGUUUUACUUACAUAAAACAGGGUAUGAAUACUUUUUUUAAAAUGCUCAUAUUUGUGUUCCUAGAUUAUAAAUCCUUGAGACUUUGUAAAUAAUUUUAUAUCUUCAGCACAUAGCAAAAAGUAAAUUGUAUGUAGAUUUGAAAGAUUAUUGAAGGCACAUGAAUGGAUAUAAAGUUUUGUCAGUGAAAGAAAGGAGCUAGUGCAAACAAAUUGUAAGAAAUUCAGAAUCAAUUUUUAAGACAUCCUGAAUAGACUGG